GUUGAUGAUCGGAUAUCUCACAAAUGCCAAAAUCUUUUAAAAGAAAAUAUAUUAAAUUAUGUGAGAAUUAUGAUUCUUUAAUUGAAAAAUCUGAAAACCUUCAACUGCAAAUUGAAAAAGCUAAAGUUAUUGCAAAUCGUAUUUCUUCUGAGAAUACACAUCUUAUGGACCUUCUUUUGGAUCAAGAAAAUGUGUAUAUAAACUCUUUGGCUUCAUCAGAAUUAGAAUCAGCAGCAGAAUCAAAUACAGAAACAGAUUCGUUAAAAAACUAUAAUACUGAAAGUGAUAUAAGUAGUUAUUAUCGAAAUGGAACACCGCCUCAUCUACUUUCUUUAAGUCCUCACUGGGAUUAUUCACCGGUAGAGAUUAUAGAAAAAGAUGAAAAAAAAGAAGAUCAUAGUCAGUCCAUAUUGUCUACAAAUUCGCUUUUUUUAUCUGAAAAAAAAGGGAAAAAAGGUUCUGAUUAGUCUGAUAAUGUGUAUGAGAAUCCUUGACGUAGUAUAAUAUAUAUAAUAUAUUAAUAAAUUUUUCUAAAAAGA